UUUCUCUACAGUUUGCAUGACAAGGAGUUGUAUUCAUUUGUUUCCGAUGUAUAAAUUAUGCAAACGUUUGGGUCAUUCUCUUGACAACCGGCAAAGUGAUUUAUGGGGCUAAACUCUGGGGGAGCGCGAGCUCGCUAUCAUCCAAAGUUGAUUGAAGCACCACAUGCAAAUCAUCAUUUACGUUGGAUUUACUUUUUACUCCGAAGGUCCUAUCCCUCUAAGUGUUGACAGCUAUCCGCUGAUCUAGUGGGUCAAAGCUGUGGUGCUGUCAGUAGUGUCGCCUGCUCUCCUGGACAGUCUCUGCUCAACGGCGGUGGAGUGAUGAGGUCACUGUGGAGCUUGGGCCUUGCUUUCCUCUUGGCCUUGACCUCCAGGGCCGGAGGACUCGAAAUCCCCCUGGAAGUGGAGCAGCUACCGACCAUAACAGUGCAGACCGCUGGCCCUGUCAUUGCCUUACCCUUUGAAGGCAGUUUUUCCAUGAGAUGUGAAGCCAAAGGCAACCCACAACCAGUAUACAGAUGGACAAAAGAUGGCCAGGCCAUAGAUCCCCUCUUCGACUUGGGGGUCAAAAAAGAAAGAAACAAUGGGAGUUUUGUGAUUCAUAGCGAGCGCCUUGCGCAGUUCCAGGGGAUGUAUCAGUGCUACGCUUCAAACAAUCUGGGAACAGCAGUAUCAGAGGAAAUUGAACUCAUUGUACCAAGUACGCCAAAGUUCCCCAAAGAGAAGAUUGCCCCAAUAGUUGUUAAAGAGGGCCAGCCUGUGAUUCUGGAAUGCAAUCCACCACAGGGGAUCCCUCCACGAAAGAUCUACUGGAUGACUAUUGGUCUCCAACAUAUUGAACAGGAUGAGAGGGUGUCCAUGGGCCAUGACGGCAACCUCUACAUCUCCAACGCCCUGGAGAAGGAUAGCCGGAGAGACUACUGCUGCUUCGCUGCAUUCUCCGUCAUACGGACCAUCGUUCGGAAGACAGCCAUGUCGGUGGUCGUCAAGAGCUCCUAUGCCAUUCCAGAGAGAAGACCGAGCCUUCUGGUACCCUCUGGUGUUCAGUCAGAGGUACGGCUGCUGAAAGGAGAGGAGCUGGUGCUAGAGUGUAUAGCAGAGGGAUUUCCAACUCCUGUGAUUGAAUGGACAAAAACGACAGAGAAGCUACCGAAACGGGCAAAUCUAAAAAACUAUGGGAAACGUUUAACCAUUAAUAACAUUGAAGAGGAGGAUGAUGGGAAGUACACGUGUGAGGCGAGGAACUCUGUCGGAGACACAGUCCACUACUUCAACGUCAUGGUGGAGGAGCCACCAAGAUGGCAGCCGGAGCCACCCAAGGGCCAGUUGGCUGUUGUUGGCUCUGACGUGCACAUCAAGUGCUCUGCCUCGGGAAAGCCACGGCCGGUUAUCUCAUGGAGGAAGAACGGACAGCCUCUGGACGAUGGCCCGUCAACGAACAGACAAGUGCUUGAUGACACCAUAGUGUUGCACAGGGCCAGGCCUGAGGACAGUGCCGUCUACCAGUGUGAAGUCUCCAACAGACAUGGCACCAUCCUGGCUAAUGCUAACAUCAUGAUCAUAAAUCUCCCACCUCGGAUGCUGACUAACGAUUACCAGCGAUAUUCAGUAGUGCAAGGGAGGGACAUCAUCAUGGACUGCAAAGUAUUCAGCUCCCCUCCAUCCACUGUUUCCUGGAACAAGGAUGACACUACGGAAUCUGUUGAGGGGGAACGAUUCUCAGUUUUUAAGAAUGGAUCACUGCAGAUCAACCAGGCAGGGAAAGAAGACAGUGGGGAAUAUGUAUGUUUCGCCACCAAUUCGGAGGGAAAAUCAGCCAUCACAGCCUUGUUGGACGUCAAAGAUCCCACCCAAAUCGUGGAGCCGCCGCAGGACCUGCACAUAUUAAGUGGAACCACAGCCCAGCUUGCAUGCCAAGCAGAGUAUGAUAUAUCUCUUAGGAACGAGUUUCAAAUAGUCUGGAGCAAGGAUGGGGAAGAGAUACCCCCAUUCACAGAACAGUCCAGAUAUUUUCUGGAUGAUGGAAUGCUACAAAUUAUCAAUGUAAACCAAAGCGACAAGGGAACAUACACAUGUACCGCCAGAACCAAUCUAGACCAGGACACCGCCUCUGCACUCGUUACUGUACUUGAUGUCCCUGAUGCGCCAGAGGAUGUGGAGCUGUCUGAACAAAAGAGCUGGAGUGUCCGGUUGGCCUGGGUACCCGGUGACGACCACAACAGCUCUACCACUGAGUUCAUAGUGGAGUACGAGGAAAGUCAGUGGGAUCCUGGGACCUGGCGAGAACUCCAGCGAGUCCCUGGCAACCAGGUCACAGCUUUGUUGACAUUACACGGCCACCUGAACUACCAGUUUAGAGUGUAUGCAGUUAAUGGCAUUGGGAAAGGGCCCCCAAGCAACCCCACAGACCGAUACAAAACCCUUCCUGCAGCUCCUGAUAAAAACCCAGAAAACAUCCAAAUUCAGGGUCAUCUGCCCCAUCAAAUGGAUAUCAGUUGGGAGCCACUAUUGCCUGUGGAGCACAAUGGUCCAGGCCUGGAGUACAAGUUGAGCUACAGGAAACUGGGAGUAGAAGAUAUCUGGAAAGAGCAUCUUGUCAAGAGACACGCCUUUGUCAUCAAGAACACUCCCACAUUCAUCCCCUACGAGAUCAAGAUCCAGAGUCGCAACAGUCAUGGCUGGGGCCCAGAACCCAAAGUAGUGACAGGGUACUCCGGGGAAGACUUGCCUACAGCUUCCCCACAGGACGUGGCAGUGGAGGUGUUGAACACUACCCUUCUCAGAGUCAGUUGGACGAGGGUUGCCCAGGCAACAUUGCGGGGUCAUCUGGGAGGCUACAAUGUGCACUGGCUGAGGAAACGGAGUCUCCUACAUUCCAACAGAAUUCCUGAGGAGAGACAUUUCCUGACGUUCCCAGGGAACAGGAGCCAUGCCAUGGUACCUGGCCUCAGACCCUUCUCGGAGUACAGACUUACCGUCAACGUUUUUAACAAAAGGGGCAACGGCCCCAAUAGUGACCCCGUCACAUUCCAGACUCCAGAAGGAGUUCCCGAACAAGUGCCCAUUCUGACAGUGUCAAACGCCCAGAGAGACUCUAUCACCCUGGUGUGGGCACCCCCCUUUGAGGCAAACGGCAUCCUUACGGGAUAUCUCCUGCAGUACCAACUCAUAAAUGAGACGUUGGCGAUGGGGGACAUGCAGGAGGUGAACGUCAGCAGUGCCGACACCACCCAGUGGCUCCUGCAGGACCUGGGGGAGAUGAGCAAGUACAUGUUUUACUUGAGCGCCUGCACCAGGGUGGGUUGCGGACCCCAGCGCAUGGAGGAGGGUAGCACGGUCACAGAAGCAAGUUUGGCCAGUCUUCACUUGGGAGUUUCCACCCAGGGGUGGUUCAUCGGGAUGAUGUGCGCUGUGGCUCUCCUCACCCUCACCGUGCUCAUCGCAUGCUUCGUGACCCGCAACAAGGGUGGCAAAUACGCAGGUACGCCACCUCACCCAAACAUGUCUUCCAGUGUCCAAGUAAAGGAAAAGGAGGAUCUCCACCCUGAAGUUGAGUCCCAGGGCAUGAAUGAUGACACAUUCUGUGAUUACAGUGAGGAAAACCCACUGAAGGCUAGCCAAUGUUCCCUGGAUCGGAGCAUGGGAGGGGACAGCGACUAUGGGGACGAAGAAGAAUGCCAGUUCAACGAAGAUGGCUCAUUUAUCGGUGAAUACUCUGGCCACAAAAACAGAGGCUCUGCAAGACCCAGCCCAGUCACUGCGUGAAGAGACAAAUGCUUCCUUCGGACUUCCCUCUGAAGGGUGUGUGACAGCAAAAGGAAAUUAAUGGCAUCAUCUGUGUGAUGCAUGACAUUGAUCAGAAAUGUUACAUUCCUGUCAAUCACAAUUGUAUAUGAUGCAUAUUUAUUUUGUACCUCCACAUUGUGACGGAUUCAUUAGGAAAUGUUUUCACAUUCUUGUAGACAGGAUUGGACAUCUGCAGUUUCAAUAUACAGUACCAGUCAAAAGUUUGGACACUUUAUUUUCACUAUUUUCUAUAUGGUAGAAUAAUAGUUAAGACAUCAAAACUAUGAAAUAAUACAU